CCCAUUGCGAUAACGAGACCCUUUAAUAGGAACAUAUCCAUGGUAUAGUGUACGCACCCAAUCCUCGCCGAAAACCUAACAUCAUUGAUUUUUAAGUACCAAAAAGUUUGCUUACCAAACUGAACAUGUUUAACCUCAUUUUUAGAGGUAAUUCCCGACUGAAUAUUUUACAGACUCUCAUCGGUAAACGAUCCUUUUCGUCAAGGUCGGUAUUCCUGUACUAUAGACAAUUGAAAAGCAAAGAGGCCGAAAACGCCAUGCCAUCUGUGUGCGAAGAAGCCGACACUACGCGCAACAUCAUUGAUGGUCCUAAUCCUUCGAAUGAAGCAGAAUUGCGUGGCGUUCCUGUGAUAGAAACAAUUGCUAAGGAUCCCGAAUUGCUGAAAAAUGCUCCUAAAAUCGUGAAGAAGGAAAUUGAAAAAUAUCACUACUGAUUUCAUCAGUAUCUUUUUUAUGAAUUAAGAAGUUAUUGACAGGUCACAAGCUCCACACAAACAUAGCUGCCACUGUCAAUCAUUACGACUCAAACAAAAGUAGGCGACAUACGUGGAGUCGUUUUACAAUAAUGUCCAAAUUGUAGUAUUAAGUUUGCGCGUAUGAUUCAACCACGAAUUCGCGUGCUUAGAAGAGACAAGAAGUUAUCGCCAUUUGCACAGUUCGAAAACCUUUUCAUGAAUAUAUCAAUUACCUAAUAAGUACCUAUAAAAGAUCAUAUUUGACACCAUGCCCGUCCGGAAGGAUUGUGUGACAAGACCAU